AAAAUCCAAAAUCAUAUCUUAAUUAAUUCUCUACUCAUCAAUUUUGUUGUCAAAAAAACUCAUACCAUUGUCUACCAAUGUCCAAUGUCAUCACCGCAAGAGAAAACGAGAAACACAUGAUCUCACAUAUGAAUUAGAUAUGAGAAUAGUAGAUUUUACAAAAAUAUCAAAUUUGGGUUUAUAGGUUCAUAGAUAGCAAUGAAAACCAAAAGAAGAAGAAGUGAAGGCUUCAAAAACAUGGGUCUUGCUGCUAUGUAUGGAUGUGGAAUUUCUACUACCCAUUUUUUCUAUGAUCAUUUAAUUUCUGCUGUUUGAACGCAACAUCAACACUCUCAGUUGAUUCAUAAUCCAGAUUGACUCAAGUCACAAAGAGGAGAAAAAAAGAUAAUCAAUGGAAAUUCUAACAUCAGUUGUUGAAAGAGCAGUAGAUUAUACCAUUGUUCCUAUUGGGCGUCAAGCACGUUACUUGAUAUUCUACAAAGGCAAUUUUAAGAUGUUAGCGGAUAAUGUCAAAGACGUCCAAGCUUUAAGAGAAAGGAUAUUUCAUUUGGUUGAAGAAGAAAGAGGAAAUGGCAAAGAAAUUGAAAGAGAUGUGUUGAACUGGUUGGAGGAAGUGAACCAGGUCAUUGAAAGGGCAAAUCAGCUUCAAAAAGAUCCUCGUCGUGCCAAUGUUAGGUGCUCAACAUGUGGGUUUCCCAAUUUGAUUUUGCGUCAUCAACUAAGUAGAAACGCCACAAAAAUUGCAAAAGAUGUUGUGGAAAUUCAAGAAAAAGGGAAUUUUAAUCGAGUUGGUUAUCGUCCCACCUUAGAUGGAGUUGGUUAUCGUUCCUCAACAACAGGUAAUGAAAAUUAUAAGACAAGGGAGUUACUUAAGAAUGAUAUCGUGAAAGCUCUAGCAGACCCUAAUUCAUGCAACAUUGGGGUCUAUGGUUUGGGUGGGGUGGGUAAGACCACUCUGGUGGAAGAAGUGGCUAUAAUAGCAAAGCAACAAAAAUUGUUUGAUAAACUGGUUAUAGCACAUGUAUCCAAAAAUCCAGACUUAAAAACUAUUCAAGGGGAGAUUGCAGAUUCGUUGCGUUUAAAAUUCGACGAGGAGACAAUUUUUGGAAGAGCAGAACGCUUAAGAGAAAGAAUCAAGAUGGAGAAACGUAUUCUUGUCAUUCUAGAUAAUAUAUGGACCAGGCUUGAUUUGAAGAAUGUAGGAAUCCCAAUUGGUAAUGAACAUAAUGGUUGCAAAUUAUUGAUGACAUCUAGAAAUCAAGAUGUGUUGCUGCAAAUGGAUAUUCCAAAGGAUUAUACUUUCAAACUUGGACUUAUGGAGGAGAAUGAGGCAUUGAGCUUGUUUCAAUUUAUGGCCGGGGAUGUGGUUAAAGAUAGCAAUUUGAAAGAUGUAGCAACUCAAGUUGCCAAAAAAUGUGAAGGUUUGCCUCUUAGGGUAGUGACAGUAGCUCGUGCAAUGAGAAAUAAAAGGGACGUCCAAUUUUGGAAAGAUGCAUUAAGAAAAUUACAAAGUAGUGAUCCAACAGAGAUGGAUGCUUUAACUUAUUCUGCUUUGGAAUUGAGUUACAACGCAUUGGAGGAUGAAAUAAGGGAUAUCUUCUUGCUUUUUGCAUUAGUGCAAGGUAAUGAUGUAGAGUACUUUCUGAAAGUUGCAAUGGGUUUGGAAAUAUUAAAGGAUGUCAAUACUGUGGAGGAGGCAAGAAACAAAUUUUACACAGUAAUAAGAUCUUUGGAGGUGACUUGUCUUUUGCAUGAUGUUAAAGCAGGUGGAGUGAUCCAAAUGCAUGACUUUGUUCAUGAUUUUGCUAUCUCCAUAGCACGUAGGGACAAACAUGUAUUUCUAAGGAAACAUCCACAUGAGGAAUGGCCAACCAAGGAAUUUUUAAAAAGGUGCACACAGAUUGCUCUACCUAAUUAUCAAAAUGAUGAGCUUCCUGAAACGAUUUAUUGUCCAAACAUCAAGUUUUUCCAUUUGUUGAGUGUGAAUCGUUCUUUAGAAAUCUCCGAUACUUUUUUUGAGGGUAUGGGAAGCCUUACAGUGUUAGAUUUAACCUCCUUGAACUUGUCUUCAUUACCCACUUCAUUUCGGUUCCUAACAAACCUUAAGACAUUGUGUUUAAAUUUUUGCAUUUUGGAGAAUAUGGAUGCAAUAGAAGCUCUGCAAAAUUUAAAAAUUCUUUGUCUCCGUAAAUCUUCAAUGAUCAAGUUGCCAAAAGAAAUAGGGAAAUUGACUCAAUUGAGAAUGCUUGAUUUGAGCAAUUCAGGAAUAGAAGUAGUCCCACCCAAUAUCUUAUCAAGCUUGAUUAGAUUAGAGGAGUUGUACAUGGGCAAUACCUCUAUUAAUUGGGAAGAUGUGACUUCGACAACUCAAAAUGAAAAUGCUAGCAUUGCUGAGCUUGGAAAACUACCAAACUUGAUUGCUCUAGAAUUACAAAUUCGCGAGACUUGGAUGUUGCCAAGGGACUUGCAAUUGAUGUUUGAGAAGCUGGAAAGAUAUAAAAUUGUUGUUGGAGAUGUAUGGGAAUGGUCUGACAUUAAGGAUGGAACCUUAAACACAUUGAUGCUCAAACUUGGUACCAAUAUACAUUUGGAGCAUGGAAUUAAAGCAUUGAUUAAAGGUGUUGAGAAUUUGUACUUGGAUGAUGUUGAUGGAAUUCAAAAUGUGCUUUAUGAACUAAAUGGGGAUGGAUUUCCAUUGUUGAAACAUCUCCAUAUCCAAAAUAAUGCAAACAUGAAGCACAUUGUUGACUCUAAAGAGAGAACUCAAAUCCAUGUGUCAUUUCCCAUCUUGGAAACAUUGGUACUUCACAAUCUUAAAAACUUGGAGUGUAUAUGUCAUGGUCCAGUUUCAAUAACUUCUUUUAGAAGUCUCAGUGUUAUCAAAGUCAAAAAUUGCAUCCAGUUAAAAUAUAUUUUGUCCUUCGAUAUGAUUAAAGGACUUUCUUGCCUUUCUGAGAUUGAUCUUUAUAAGUGCAAUUCUGUGAAGGAGAUAGUGCUCGGAGACAACAAAUUAAGUGCAAAUAGUGAAAUGAUAGAGUUUCUUCAAUUGCGUUCUUUGACUUUAGAACAUUUAGAGACGCUUGAUAAUUUCUUCUCUUAUCAUUCAACGGAUUCCAGAAGUGAGCAAAAAUAUCAAGGUUCAGAGUCUUAUGUCUCUUCACCAUUUUUCAAUGCUCAGGUUGUAUUUCCUAAUUUGCAUACCCUUAAAUUGAGCUCACUCUCCAAUUUGAAUAAAAUUUGGGAUGACAAUCAUCAUUCUAUGUACAAUUUGACCAGCUUGAUUGUGGAUAAUUGUGAUGGGUUGAAGUACUUAUUCUCUUCUGCUAUUGUUGCAAGUUUUAAGAACCUCAAACAACUUGAAAUAAGUAGUUGUCCUAUGAUGGAGGAGAUAAUAGCUAAGGAAGAAAGGGACAAUGCAUUGAAAGAGGUUCAUUUUUUGAAAUUAGAGAAAAUCAAAUUGUUGAGCAUGGACAACUUAAAGACAAUAUGGCACCGCCAAUUUGAAACAGUGCAGAUGUUAGAAGUGCACGAUUGUAAUAAAAUUGCGGUGGUUUUUCCUUCUUCAAUGCAAAAAACAUAUAAUAAGUUAGAGAUGUUGAAGGUUAAAAAUUGUGCUUUAGUGGAAGCAAUAUUUGAAUUGAGCUUCAAAGAAAGUAGCAGUGUAGAAGAUACAACUCAGUUGAAAGAAGUUGUUAUAGCUUCGAUGCCGAAGCUGAAAAAGAUAUGGAGUGGAGAUGCUCAAGAAAUUCUUAGUUUUCAAAAUCUAAUAAAAUUAUGGCUAGGAGGUUGUGAAAGUUUGGAGCAUCUAUUACCAUUUUCUGUAGCCACUCGUUGCUCACAUCUCGAGAAACUUUUCAUAGUAGGAUGUGAAAAUAUGAAAGAAAUUGUUGCAGAGAAGGAAUUUGGCGUGAAUGUAGCUCCAAUAUUUGAGUUUAAUCAACUGAGGGAAUUAUAUCUAAUAGACUUAGGUAAACUUGAGGGUUUCUAUGCCAAAAAGCAUACCCUGGUAUGUCCAUCAUUGAAGGAACUUGGUGUUUGUGGUUGUGCAAAGUUGAAUUCAUAUAGAACUCUAUCUACAAGAAGCUCUAAUUUUCCAGAUGACAAUCAUCAACCAUCUUUCAUUGCUGAAGAGGUGAUUCCAAAUUUGGAGGUCUUGGCAAUAGAUAAUAUUGAAGCUAGCAUUAUAUUGCAAGCCAAAAACUCAAUUGGCCUAUUCACAAAAAUGUCAUAUCUUUUUUUGUAUGGUUAUAAUAAUGAAGAUGCAUUUCCUUAUUGGUUUCUUCAAAAUGCUCCUAGUCUUCAAGUUCUAGUUGUUGGGCAGAGUUUCUUUGAAAAGAUAUUCCAAGAUGAAGGACAAAUAAGUGAAAAGACUCAAACACGACUCAAUCGUUUGGCUCUAAAUGAAUUACCUAAACUUCAACAUAUAUGUGAGGAAGGAUCUAAAGUUGACCCAGUUCUUGAGUUCCUUCAAAGCUUAUGUGUUAAGGAUUGUUCUAGUUUGAUAAAUUUAUUGCCUUCCUCAGCCACCCUUAGUCAUUUGGAAUAUCUGCAAGUAACAAAUUGCAAUGGGUUAAAAAAUUUAUUUACAUCUCCAACGAUGCGAAGUUUGGGCAAGCUCGCAUCACUGAAGGUACAAGACUGUAAUUCACUUGAAGAAGUAAUUACUGGAGAGGAAAACAUUCACAUUACAUUAAACAGUUUACAAAACUUGGUGUUGGACCAUUUGCCUAGCCUCAAACAAUUUUGCUCUAAAAAGUGCUUCUUAAAGCUUCCAUUGUUGGAUGUAGUAAUUGUAAGAGAAUGUCCUCGCAUGAAGAUUUUCUCUGAGGGAUACACAAGUACACCAUAUCUUCAAAAAGUUAAAAUUAAAAUUGCAGAAGAUGAUGAAAAAUUCUUUUGGAAGGGAAACUUAAAUGAUACAAUAACCAGCAUGUUUGAAGAUAAGGAAGUCCUACGUUCUAAUACACUCUGAAUGAGACUAUCAUAUCCUCACAUUUGCAAAGAUGAUGAGCUAGGAGGCAAAGAUGGUAUAGGCGCAGAUGUUGAGGACUGAUUUGCAUGCCAUAUUAGCAAUAAAUAAUAUUUUUCUUAAUUAUUUUCUUUUGUCGUUGUUUAUCUACACUACACCUUGAUGAUUUGGAGGUGUUUACUCACCAGCUGAUGAGAACAAAGUGUAUGUAUGUGAUAUAAAAGUUGAUUAAUAAAAGCACGACAUUGUCUUGUAAAAAUUGCAGUAUUUAGAUUUUGUUGACUACUUUUGG